UUAUAAAAGAGUUCCUGACAUUUAGAAAGAGUUUAGUUUAAAGCGAACAGACCUGGAGAGUUGUGCUACUAUUAAGUGUGAAGAAAAGAAUACAAGCCAAAAUGUACAGGAAAACUUUAAUAGUCAGCAUACUUGUGGCCUUUGUCUGCGUGCAAAUCGCUGAUUCCCUGGUGUGUUACACCUGCGUAACGCCAAAGGACUGCAAGAGUCCCAAGAAAGUCACCUGUACGAAUGCGGCUGCAAACGAGACCAGCCACCAGCUGAGUGUCUACCAUCAGAAUGUUCGCGAUCUAACCAGCACGCGCUUCGAUUGCCUGGCUAUGAAGUACACCUGGAACAACGAUGUGAUCCAUCAGCUCCAUGGCUGCGUGCAUCCAAGUGUGGCAGCCUGCAGCCUAACCCUUAAGCCGGCCUAUGCCCACUACAAUAAGACCCGGUGUCUGACCUGUUCGGGUGACAAGUGCAACAAGAGUCCGGCCGGCAGGAUGAGCAGCAGCACCAUCACCAUAGUGGCCAGCGUUCUGGGUCUCUUGCUGGUCAAGAUCUAUGCCUAGUGCGAGAUUGGUGUAGAUGAACUCGGAGCUAUGUCGUAAUAAAUUAUUUCCUUUUCGAA